GCGUCUUCACUUUGUGCUUAGUUGUUGGACAAUGGCUGGAAGUUGGUGUUUGGUUCAGAUUUUGGCAGUUUGUGCUUUCUGUCAUGCAGUUCCACAGUGGAGUGAUCUGCCUCAGAACCUUCAAGCCCUGAUGAUCCAGGAAACUGACCAGCAGUUUCAGCUGCAGAAGCCAGUUCAACAAACUAGCCAGCAGUUUCAGCUGCAGAAGCCAGUUCAACAAACUAGCCAGCAGUUUCAGAUGCAGAAGCCAGUUCAACAGACUAGGCUAGUCCAACAAACUAGCCAGCAGUUUCAGCUGCAGAAGCCAGUUCAACAAACUAGCCAGCAAUUUCAGCUUCAGAAGCCAGUUCAACAAACAAGGCCAGUUCAACAAACUAGCAAGCAUUUUCAGAUGCAGAAGCCAGUUCAACAAACUAGCCAGCAGUUUCAGAUGCAGAAGCCAGUUCAACAAACUAGCCAGCAGUUUCAGAUGCAGAAGCCAGUUCAACAAACUAGCCAGCAGUUUCAGAUGCAGAAGCCAGUUCAACAAACUAGCCAGCAGUUUCAGAUGCAGAAGCCAGUUCAACAAACUAGCCAGCAGUUUCAGAUGCAGAAGCCAGUUCAACAAACUAGCCAGCGGUUUCAGAUGCAGAAGCCAGUUCAACAAACUAGCCAGCAGUUUCAGAAGCCAGUGGUGCGGGCAGAGCCCCUUGAUAAAUGUACUGUAGCUGAUUAUGAGCAGAUCCAAUGUGGACAACCUGGGAUCAGUGGUGCUGAGUGUGAAGCUAUCAACUGCUGCUUUAACAGACAGUGUUACUAUGGGAGGGCAGUGACUGUCCAGUGUAUUAGAGAUGGUCAGUUUGUGGUAGUGGUGGCUAGAGAUGUUACUUUGCCUCGACUGAGUCUGGAUUCGGUUCGUCUGCUGGGUGGAAAUGACCCACCUUGUGCUCCUGUGGAGUCCACACCAUCCUUUGCAAUAUACCAGUUCCCUGUGACUGCAUGCGGCACGAGUGUGAUGGAGGACAGCGGAUAUGUGGUGUAUGAAAACCGAAUGACCUCAUCAUAUGAAGUGGGGAUUGGACCAUAUGGUUCCAUCACAAGGGACAGUCGUUUUGAGUUUCUCUUCCAGUGUAGGUACUCUGGAACUUCUGUGGAAGCUCUGGUUGUGGAGGUCAACUCUAUUCCUCCACCUCCACCAGUAGCUGCUCCUGGACCUCUUAGGGUGGAGCUCAGAUUGGCCAAUGGCCAGUGUGUCACCAAAGGCUGUGCUGAAGGGGAUGAGGCCUACACGUCCUACUACAGUGAUACUGAUUAUCUCGUCACAAAAGUCCUGCGGGAGCCUGUGUAUGUUGAGGUGCGCAUUAUAGAGAGGACUGACCCCAACAUUGUCCUGAUGCUGGGACAUUGUUGGGCAACUUCAACCCCCAGUCCACUUGGUCUUCCCCAGUGGGACCUUCUGAUCAAUGGAUGCCCUUACCAGGAUGACCGUUACCUGACCACACUGGUUCCAGUGACUGGAUUAUCUGGUCUUCAGUUCCCAACCCACUACAAGCGCUUUGUUGUGAAGAUGUUCACAUUUGUAGAUCCAGCCUCACUGGCUGCUCUGCAGGAAACUGUCUUCAUCCACUGCAGUACAGAAGUGUGCCAUCCAUCAUCUGGCUCUUGUGAGCAAAGCUGCACCAGGAAACGAAGAGACACUCAUAUCAAGACUGUCUCUGGUGAGCAGACUGUGGUUUCUAGUGGAGAAGUUACUCUGGUCAUGUAAAUCUAGUGUUUUAAUAAACUUUACAGAACCCUGA